GCGAGGAUAGCUUCCAUAUUCGUUUCUUCUACCGCAGUUCACAUAUAUGAUUUUCAUAUAUUUACAGUCAUUACAUCACAAUACAGAUAUAUUCAGACAAUGUGCUGAAACUGAUUGGGGCUGACAAUAUUCUUCAAGAUCUGAUAACAGACCACGGAAAUGGCAAACCAGUACCAGCUUUUCAUGUGCUUGUUCUCCUACGUUCUAUUGACGAUAGCGAACAAAACUGAUCACGGUAACUCCAUGACCAAGAUUGACCUAUACAUCGGUGGCCUGUUUGGUGUCAACGUCAAAAAUGGCGGUUGGAGUACAGCUGGGGUCAUUCCAGCUUUGGAGAUGGCGUUAGAACAUGUGAACAGCGAUCCUGGCAUAUUGGUGAACUAUCAGUUGAAAUACGUGUGGAAUGAUUCCAGGUGCGAAAGUGGCGCCGGAAUUCGAGCGAUGCUGGGGUUAAUUAACACACAGCCUCACAAGAUUGUAUUCUUGGGUCCCGGAUGUUCGUUAGCGACCGAACCUAUUGCAGAGGCCGCGCUAUAUUGGCAAGCAGUGCAGAUUGGUUACAGCGCAUCAUCACCUCAGUUUUCAAACAAAGAGAAGUAUCCUUUAUACUUCAGAACCGCCACUUCUGAAACAAUGGAAAACCCAGCUAGAGUCGCGCUGUUAAAACAUUUUAAGUGGAAAAGAGUCGCCCUCCUUGUGGAAAACUUCUAUAUUUUUGCUACAACAAAAGAACAUCUCAUUCCCAUGUUAGAGGAAUCAAACAUCACCGUUAUUGCGGCAGAAACCUUCAUAGAGGACCCGUCUUCAUCAGUCAAAAAUUUACUGAAGGUAAAGAGUAAAUCUAUACUUCACAUUUAA